UGACUGGUUCACUGGACUGGUUACAGGAGAUUGUUUAUAUGAAAGCAAUACAUACAAGAGGAACACACUAUGGUCACCUAACAGUUGUUCCAUAUGUACCUGUGAAGAUCCUGUUGUUAUGUGUGAGAAUGUCAGAUGUUCAAGUCCAAACUGUGAUUCUAAAAAGGGAGAAUAUUUACAGAUACCAGCAGAAGGAUGUUGUCCCGAGUGUGUACGGAGAAUGUCACCUUGUCAGUAUGAAUCCCAAACAACACCACACAACUCUGUAUGGAGUCCAGACAGAUGUAAAUUUUGUCAUUGUUAUGAUGGAGAGGUGACCUGUACAGAUCAGUCAUGUCCAUCCUUAAGAUGUCGGCCAGGGGAAGUUUUGCAAAUUUUAGCUGACCACUGUUGUCCACAAUGCAUCCCAACAGGAAGACCCUGUGAGUAUGCGCAUCAUGUUUUCCAAGAUGCGACAGAGUGGUCUCCCAUUCCAUGCACUAUGUGUGUCUGUCGUGACGGACAGACAAUCUGCUAUCCAAUACAGUGUCCCUCAUUUGUUUGUCCACAGGGAAAAUCCAUGGAAAGAAGACCAGGAUCAUGUUGUCCUUCCUGUGUUGGAUCUUACUGUACAGAUGCCAAGAUACAUUAUAAGGGUAAAUUUGGGAAAAUCAGAGACAUAUAA